GGCGCCGCCACCGCUUCCGCCGGGCCAUGGGGCCGCGCGUGCCGUCGGCGCCGCUCCCGCUGCUGCUGCCGGCGCUGCUGCUGUGGGCGCUGCUCAACGGAGCCCGGGAGGCCGCGUCCCAGUCCCCGCCGCCGCCCGCUGUGACGAACGGCAGCCAGCCGGGCCCGCCGGCCAACGGCACGCACCCGCGGCCGCUGAGCUCGCCGGGCUCGCCGCUGCUGCGCUCCGUGUACGUGCUCUUGGGCCUCAGCGGCCUGGCCGCGCUCUACUUCCUCAUCCGGGCCUUCAGGUUGAAGAAGCCGCAGCGGAGGAGGUAUGGGCUCCUGGCCAACAGCGAGGACCUCACCGAGAUGGCCUCGCUGGACAGCGACGGGGAGAUGGUCUUUGAGACGCGGAACCUGAGAUGAUGCCAUCAGGAGCCAGGGGAGGCUGCCACUCCAGUGACCUUGGAGGCUGGAUGGUGUUCUGGGCCUGGGGGUGCCCGCCCGCUCUCCCGCCAGCCCCGGAGCCCCUGUUGAAACCUGCCCUGCCCACCCCAGGCUGCCUGCACCCGCUUCCUGGGACACUGCCCCAGCGUGGCGAAGGACACAGGGCAGAAGCCAGAACAGCCGCGACAGCCCCCCCAGGACUUUGAGGCCCCCACCGGCCGGACUGUGACGCGGGCCAGGCCCCUUCCUGCUGGAACUCGGACCCGGUCUCCCUGCUGGGCCAGGGGCAGUAAAUAAACACCCAGGCAUUGACUCUGC